GAAUACUCUAGGUUUCUUCUAUUCAAAACUUAAACCCUGUGAUCAUGGACGCUUCUGAUAAACAAACCGUCGAUAAACUUGUACAGCAGUGGCUAGAAUUUGAUAUCAACCCCAAAACCAGAAAUGAAAUCCUUGAGCUACAAAAAUCAGGAGAUUAUGAGACUUUGCACAAGAAGCUCUUCAAACGGAUAGCUUUUGGAACAGCCGGAUUAAGAUCUUCAAUGGAAGCAGGUUUCUCCCAUAUGAACGACGUGACAGUUCUUCAGGCAGCACAAGGGUUAAUUGCCUACUUGACCAAAAAUGGCGGGGAUUCUAUCGUUAUUGGCUAUGAUCACCGGUUUAACUCCCAGAGAUACGCCGAGUUGACCGCCAGUGUGGCUAUUUUGAAGGGAUUCACCGUAUACUACUUGGGCUCGACGACCUGCUUGCUGUAUGUUCAUACGCCCUUGGUGCCAUUUGCUAUAGAUCACUACAAAGCUUCGGCUGGGGUCAUGGUGACGGCCUCCCACAACCCCGCCAACGAUAAUGGAUAUAAGGUAUACUAUGGGAAUGGGUGUCAGAUCAUUCCGCCUAUUGAUCACGGUAUUGCUCAGUCUAUCGAACAAAACUUGCAGCCAUGGAGCGAUGAGGCGUGGGACGUGGUAGGAAACUUGGCGGGCCUGGACUUGAUGAAGUCUGUAAAGGAGGCCACCACCAAGGCGUACAUCGAGGCGGUUGCAGAGAAGUUGUUGGUGUUUAAAGACCUUGACUUUGAGUUUGUCUAUACACCAAUGCAUGGGGUGGGAUACGAGAUAUUCGAUAAAGUUUUGCAACUUUUUAAUAACGUCAAAGUGACGGUGGUCAGUGCCCAAAAGGAUCCCGACCCGACAUUCUGGAGUGUGAAAUUCCCCAAUCCUGAAGAAAAAGGAGCUUUGGACAUGGCCAUAAAAACCGCCGACGAAAAGGGCAUACUGCUUGUGGUGGCCAACGACCCCGAUGCCGAUAGGUUUUCGGUAGCGGUGAAGACUGAUGAUUGCUGGAAGCAGCUCACCGGGAACGAAAUAGGGUUUCUCUUUGGUCAAUAUGUCAUUGAGAACACUCCCAAGAACACCUUGAAACACACAUAUCUCGUGAACUCAACCGUGUCUUCGCAAAUAUUUGCAUCAAUGUCUGUAAUUGAGGGCUUUAACUUCCAGGAUACCUUGACUGGAUUCAAGUGGAUUGGAAAUAAGGCCAUUGAUUUGAAAUCAAAAGGCUACCAUGUUCCGUUUGGAUACGAAGAAGCUAUAGGAUUCAUGUUUGACGUGGUUAACGACAAGGACGGGAUUUCGGCUGCGGUGGUAUGGUUGCAAAUGUAUAACCAGUGGUUUGCGUCCCACCAACAGACUCCAUUUGACAAGUUAAACCUGGGUUAUGCCAAGUACGGCUAUUCCAAAGAGUGUAACGGGUACUAUAAACUUGACAGGUUGGAAAAGACCGACCAGAUUUUUACAGCCAUUAGAGCCUCCUACCCCGGAGAUUCACCCCUGACCAUUGGGCCUUUUGUGGUCACCUACUGGAGAGAUUUAACACUUGGAUACGAAUCGAGCACCAAUGACCACAAAUCGAUUCUUCCCCACGACCCGACUUCCCAGAUGAUAACUGCCAUUUUAUCUAGUACAAGUGACCUGGGUAGCACCGUACGGUUCACCUGUCGAGGCUCUGGCACUGAGCCCAAGUUGAAGGUGUAUAUCGAAGGAGUGUCACGUGACACGGGAGUUGCGUCCCUGUUGGCGCGUACAUGCUGGCAGGUUUUACGUCAACAUUGGUUCCAGCCAGAUGUAUACGGCUUGCAAGAAGUGGUAAACUCGUAGUGUUUAAUUAUUUAGCAUAAAUACACCAGUUGUUUGGUGGACGCCA